AAUCUGUCGACCACUGAGGAUGCUUUCGAUAAGUUACCCAGGUCUGCAAAUGGAUCUGUGUCCGUUAAGGAUUUUGAGGAGUUUAUAGGGAAGUACUUUGGUGGUGCAGGGGAUGAUUUGAUUUUCCAUGAGCCAGAAGACUUUGCCUUAGAGCCAGAAGGGUUCCUGCCAAAGGUGGAGAACCAAGAGGUCAGGGCAUGGGCGCUGGAGGUUCAUGCUCUCUGGAAGAAUUUGAGCAGGAAAAUCUCUGGUUCGGUUAAAGACCAGCCUGAAUGCCAUACUCUGCUUCCCUUGCCGGGGCCAGUUAUAAUACCUGGUUCACGGUUUCGAGAGGUGUAUUACUGGGAUUCCUAUUGGGUGAUCAGGGGAUUGCUGGCUAGUAAAAUGUAUACAACUGCAAAAACAAUUGUCUAUAAUCUAAUUUCUCUAAUAGAUGCCUAUGGUUAUGUGCUUAAUGGUGCAAGAGCUUAUUACACUAAUAGGAGCCAGCCUCCUCUCCUGAGUUCAAUGAUAUGUGACAUAUUCAAUCAGACUGGUGAUAUGGAAUUGGUCAGAAAAUGUCUCCCCUCACUUCUCAGAGAAUAUCAAUUUUGGAAUUCUGGAAUACAUAAGGUAACCAUUCAAGAUGCUCAAUUUGGUGAUUACAUUUUGAGUCGUUAUUAUGCAAUGUGGGACAAGCCAAGGUCUGAAUCUUCAGUCAUUGACAAGGAAUCUGCUUCGAAGUUCUUAAAUGCAUCUGAGAAAGCGCAGUUUUAUCGGGAACUAGCUACAGCAGCCGAGUCUGGAUGGGAUUUCAGUACAAGAUGGAUGAGGAACUCCUCUGAUCUAACAACAUUGGCUACAACAUCAAUCCUACCAGUUGAUCUGAAUGCAUUCAUACUCAAGAUGGAAGUUGACAUCACUUUCUUGGCAAAAGUUAUUGGAGAGAACAACAUUGCUGACAGUUUCUUGGUAGCUUCUCAAGCUAGAAGAAAGGCAAUCAAUUCCAUUUUUUGGAAUGAAAAGAUGGGUCAAUGGUUGGACUACUGGCUCGGCAAUAACACUACAUCCAAGGAAGUUCAUUCAUGGGAAUGCUCAAACCAGAAUCUAAACAUAUUUGCUUCUAAUUUCGUUCCUUUGUGGCUUGAUGUGUUCAACUCAGACACUGCUCUGGUGGAGAAAGUCAGCAAAAGCCUUAAAAAUUCUGGACUGAUUUGUGCUGCUGGAAUUGCGACUUCGUUGAAAAAUUCAGGAGAACAGUGGGACUUUCCAAAUGGCUGGGCCCCCCUUCAGCACAUGAUAGUUGAGGGUAUGGCAAGAUCCGGAUCAGAAGAAGCAAGGUCAAUGGCAGAAGAUAUUGCUAUGGGGUGGAUCAGAAGUAACUACGUUGUUUACAAGAAAACAGGUGCAAUGCAUGAAAAAUUAGACGUUGAAAAGUGUGGAGAAUACGGAGGUGGUGGCGAAUAUAAACCCCAGACUGGUUUUGGGUGGUCAAAUGGAGUUGUAUUAGCAUUCUUGGAGGAAUUUGGUUGGCCUCGAGACCGGAAGAUAGAUUGUGAACAAGGUUACUAACAUUGGCACAGAAUUUGAAUACAGAAAUGACCAAGUUAGAUCAGGAUCAGAUCAUCCCAUUGAAGGUUGUGUUAAAUGCUAAAAGACCGCUCUUGCAUCUAGUGGAAGUAGGAAAUAGCUGGGGGUAACAUGGCAACUAUUUUCACCCAAAAAUGCCUCAUCCUCAUGCAACUUAAUGAUAUGAGCGAGUACAAAUACAGAUCUCUUGGAAAGUCUUCUCAGCAAUCUUAAAGAUCGGCUCAACUUAGUAACGUGGCUAUAAAUAUACCUUGUAUUUAUGUGUGUGCGCGCGCAUAUAUGCACGCAAGUAUUUGGAUUAGGAUUUGAAAUAUAUCUUGUGUUUCUCUUAGAAGAACUCUCACUUGGAUGAAUAUGAAAAGAAUAUAUUUGGAUAAUUUUUUCAGGAA